AAUCUUUUUUGUAGGGAAUUAAGCAUUUUUACUCCAAAAUCCAGUAUACAAAUAUGGGUGUUUCUCUGUAAAACAAAUCUUGCUGCAAAGAAGAGCAAAUCCUAUUUAGCCUUUACGCUGCAGCUGGGCUCCUUAACCUUUUAAAACUUCUGCCUCCUACCUGUUGAUGGCUCUCGAAGAAGAAAUACUCGAUGAGAUGCUGAACUUGUCCUGGGGGACAAUAAACAGCAGCAUGUUGGGGGAUGUAAACAGGACCAAUGAAUCCCUGGUGAACCGGACUGAGACUGGACCCCCACCAUUCUUAACUGAUGCCUGGCUGGUGCCUCUUUUCUUCGCCUUGAUCAUGUUGGUUGGGCUAAUUGGGAACUCUCUUGUUAUUUAUGUCAUCUCCAAACACAGACAGAUGAGGACUGCCACCAACUUUUAUAUAGCAAACUUGGCAUCCACUGAUAUCAUGUUCCUUGUAUGCUGUGUGCCUUUCACUGCAACCCUCUAUCCUCUUCCCAGUUGGGUAUUUGGAGACUUCAUGUGCAAGUUUGUAGCCUAUUUACAGCAGGUAACAGUGCAGGCCACUUGUAUCACUCUGACAGCAAUGAGCGCCGACCGAUGCUAUGCCACACUUUACCCGCUGAGAUCUCUGCGUCAUCGCACCCCAAAAGUAGCCAUGAUUGUUAGCAUCUGCAUAUGGAUAGGAUCAUUACUUCUGUCCACACCAAUCAUACCAUAUCAAAAGAUUCAAAAGGGUUACUGGUAUGGGCCAAGAACUUACUGCAUAGAGCAAUUUCCAUCAGAUGUUAUGAAGAAGGUCUGCAUCCUGUACCAGUUCCUAGCUGUAUAUUUGCUGCCAUUACUGACCAUAUGUCUGUGUUACUCACUGAUGCUCAAAAGGGUUGGACGGCCAGUGGUAGAGCCGACUGACAACAAUUACCAGGUCCAGCUGUUAUCAGAGAGAACAAUUGCUAUGAGAAGCAAAAUCUCCAAGAUGGUUAUAGUGAUCGUUCUACUUUUCACUAUUUGCUGGGGUCCCAUUCAGCUCUUCAGCCUAUUUCAAGGUUUUUACCCAGGCUUUCAAGCCAACUAUGCAACGUACAAAAUCAAAACUUGGGCGAACUGCAUGUCCUAUGCAAACUCUUCAAUCAAUCCCCUAGUCUAUGCCUUUAUGGGAGCAAGCUUCAGAAAGUCUUUCAAGAAAGCUUUCCCUUUUAUGUUUCGAAACAAAGUAAGGGAUGGAAGUAUUACUUCUGGAACUGUGAACAAUGAGAUGAAGUUUGUAGCCAUGGAGUCAACCAAUAAUGAGAUUAAGUAAAAAUCACAUUUUUGGAUUUUUUACAAGCACUUAACAAGUCGAGUUGGAUGCUUUCAGGUGAUCUGGUUACAUUCAAGCAAAGAACUUAUGAUAAUAGCAAGCAGGCCAGACUUGCAAUCUUGCUGCUGUACCAUGCUAUAGACACUAUUUAUUGUGCACGUGGGGGCUGUUUGGACCUUUCUGUACCCG